CUAUGACGCCGAACAAACGGAAGUGACCAAUAACAAUUUCCAGGUUAAGGUUUUUAUUGUUAUUCAGACAUUUAUUAACACACUGGAACAUUGUUAAUUUAACUGCACAGCAUCACACACUUAACGUUACACCAGUUUGUGUUCAAUUUGCGUUAGCUAACAAUGGAAAACUGUGACGGCGUGGUUUUUCACACUCAGAUAGCCUCUAUUAUGGAGGCGCUAGCGAAUGCAGCGGUUGCUGAGAUCUGUAAACUCGUAGACGACGACUAUGCAGUGUUUCGUUUGGAAAUGUCUCAAAGCCAGAAAGAAAACAGGGCAAUGCGGAGGAAACUACAGCUUCUGGAACUGAAGGUGUCACGGGAGCGCGUCCUCUCGAGUCGCCCCAAUAGUGUCAAGAUCCUCGACGGAUACAGAGGAAUGGCAAGAGGUGAAGAACAUUUCACUGGAGGCCACAGGAGCUUUGUGAAGCCAGCGGGACUCAACCCGUGGAGAGAUGACCAACCCAUAGCUAUAAAUGAGGAGACUGGAACCUCAACCCAGCAUGUUAUCGUGAUAGAGCCUGCGGAUGCAGAGGCUGUAGGUCCUGGAGCAUUGUCUUUGGUCAAGCAGGAGAGGACUGAAGGAGAGGAGGACCCACAACACAGCAAAGACAUCCAGGCUGGCGCAGCGGCUGGAGUGGCGCCCCCAGUAGCCGUGGUGGACCUUGCCACCACGCCCCAGCCCAGGACCCGACCCAGCAUCACGGAUGUCAGUGGAACGCUGAACGCCGUCCUGAAGUCAGAGACAGACACCGAGACACACAGGAUCUUACACACAGGAUCUGACCUCGGAUCAGACCCAGAGAGACUGUUGCUGGGGAGACUGGGCUGUUCUCCUGCUCCUGACUCAAAAUAUUUACUUUAUGAAAACUCGAGCCCAAGGACAGUUCAUUCCCAUCAAGACUCAAGUGAUGCAUUAGAGACUGGUAAUGAUCUGUCUCGUUCUUAUACGACAGAGAUGGACCCUGGCAUCAUGCCCUUGCUAUUAGAGACACAGACUGAUCUGUCUAGAGAGGACUGGAACCCAUACAGUAGUAGCGUAUACUCUGAAGGGUGCCUAGAUAAGAAAGGGGAUGUUAUAGGGAUAGAUGAGGUGAAAGUGGAAGGCGACACUCCUCUGACAUGUAAUGCAGACGAGACUCCUAAAUGGAAAGGAUACUUGCAGGGCAACACCAGUAACUUCUUAGACUGCAGGGAUGGGUUAGAGACCAGUCUAAAUGUCGCGACCCACUCCCCUUCAUUCGCGUUCAGGGAUCGCGUCACAGUGUCCACGUCGAUGGUACCUUCCGAUUCACAUGGCCGCGUCUUUUUCGAUCAGGUAUUUAACUCCAACGAAAGGGCUAGAGACAAGGUUCGAGGAGGGGGAGCAGCAUCAGGCAAUAGUAAAGAGAAGCGGUUCCUUUGCAUGUUCUGUAACAAAGGCUUCAGCUGCCUCCAGAAGGUGGAGAUCCACCAGAGGGUCCACACAGGGGAUAAUCCAUUCAGCUGCACCCAAUGUGAGAAGAGGUUCUCCCGCCAAGACCACCUGAAGAGGCACCAGAGGGUCCACACAGGGGAGAAACCCUUCAGCUGCCCCCAGUGUGAGAAGAGGUUCUCCCAGGCUGGUGACCUGAAGAGGCAUCAGAGGGUCCACACAGGGGAGAAACCUUUCAGCUGUACCCAGUGUCACAUGCGCUUUGCCCUGGCUGGCAACCUGAAGAUGCACCUGAAGGUCCACGAGGGAGAGAGGCCAUUCACCUGUAUGCACUGUGGGAAGAGGUUCUCAGAGAGGAGCUACCUAAGGACACACCAGCAGAAAAAACAUGCCGCUGUAUAACAUAGAAAGUAACCAUUCUGCUCGAUAGCUUCUAACGUUUAGAAUAAAGUCAAAGAUUAAUUUUUACUGUCAGCUGAAAAAAUCCACAGAUGCAUUCGGAAUAAUGAGAGUAACAUAUUUCAGUGUUGGAUAUUCCUGGGUAGAAUGUUGCAUCCAGACAUUGUGUGAUAUACAAUGCCUUCAGAAAGUAUUCACAUUACUUGACUUUCUCCAAAUGUUGUUACAGCGUGAAUUUAAAAUUGAUUAAAUUGAUUGUCUUUUUACAAAUUUUAUAAUAAAUGAUAAGCUGAAAAGUAUUCAACCCCUUUGUUAUGGCAAGCCAAAAUAAGUUCAGGAGUAAAAAUGUGCUUAAAAGUUGCAUGGACUCACUCUGUGUGCAAUAAUAGUGUUUAACAUGAAAUUUGAAUGACUACCUCAUCUCUGUACCCCACACAUACAUUUAUCUGUAAGGUCCCUCAGUCGAGCAGGGAAUUUCAAACACCAAUUCAACCGCAAAGACCAGGGACGUUUUCCAAUGCCUCGCAAAGAAGGGCACCUAUUGGUAGAUGGGUAAAAAUAAAAAGCAGACAUUGAAUAUCCCUUUGAGCAUGGUGAUGUUAUUAAUUACACUUUGGAUGGUGUAUCAUUACACCCAGUCACUACAAAGAUACAGAUGUCCUUCCUAACUCAGUUGCCGGAGAGUAGGGAAACUGUUCAGGGAUUUCACCAUGAGACCAGUGUAAAAAAAAAAAAAAAAUGAUAUAAUUUUUUUCCUUUGACCCUUUUCGUGGUAUCCAAUUAUCUCAUAACUGCAACUCCCGUACGGACUCGGGAGAGGCGAAGGUCGAGAGCCGUGCGUCAUCCAAAACACAACCAACCAAGCAGCGCUGCUUCUUGACACAAUGCCCAAUUAACCCGGAAGCCAGCCGCACCAAUGUGUCGGAGGAAACGGCGUGCACCUGGUGACCGUGUCAGGGUGCACUGCGCCCGGCCCGCCACAGAAGUCGCUAGUGCACGAUGGGACAAGGACAUCCUUGUCCCAGGCAAACCCUCCCCUAACCCGGACGAUGCUGGGCCAAUUGUGCACCGCCCCAUGGGUCUACCGGUUGCGACCGGCUGUGACAGAGCCUGGACUUGAACCCAGAAUCUCUAGUGGCACAGCCUUAGACCACUGCGCCGCUCAGUAGGCCAAAUUGUGACUUUAAAACAGAGUUUAAUGGCUGUGAUAGAAUUGAGGAUGGAUCAACAACAUUGUAGUUACUCCACAAUAAUAACCUAAUUGACAGAGUGAAAAGGAAGCCUGUACAGAAUACAAAUAUUCAAAAACAUGCAUCCUGUUUGCAAUAAGGCACUAAAGUAAACCUGCAAAGAAAAUAACUUUGCCCCAAACAUAACACUUUGUAAUCAAGACAAACACAUCACUGAGUACAACUCUUUAUAUUUUCAAACAUAGUGGUGGCUGCAUCAUGUUAGGUGUAUGCUUGUCAUUGGCAAAGGCUAGGGAGUUUUUUUUUUAGGAUAAAAGAAACAGAAUAGAGAAUCACAGGCGAAAUCCUACAGGAAAAUCUGGUUCAGUCUGCUUUCCAACAGACAUGGCGACAUUCACCUUUCAGCAGGACAAUGACCUAAAACAAAAGGCCAAAUAUAUACUGGAGAUGCUUACCAAGAUGACAUUGGAUGUUCCUGGGUGGCCGUGUUAGAUUUUCUAGUAGAUUUAAGUCAAAACUGUAAGGCAAGACCUGGAAAUGGUUGUCUAGCAAUGAUCAACAACCAAUUUGACAGAGCUUGAAUAAUUGAUUUAAAGAAUAAUGAGCAAAUUUGCACAAUACAGGUGUGGAAAGCUCUUAAAGACUUACUGAUAAGAGAAUUAAGUUCUCAUGUUCUUUAACCAAUUAAAUUAAAUUACUCAGUCUGCUAUAUCAGGAAUUGUAGGAUACUGAUAGAAAUAAAAACAGACAGAGGCCCAGUCUACAAUAGUCAAAUGUUUAUUUAUUUACUGAACGUUCUGCCAAUCAUUACAUGUACAUUGGUUUAUAUACCUCUCAUUUCGUCAUAAAUGUCCCUCUAAUACAAUGAUAAUAUAGUUUACAAGUCCUUCUCAUAUAUUGUCUGCCACCUGUUGUACAAUCUACUACAAGCCCAAGGUUUCUCCCCUCCCUGGUUGGGGAGACUUCCUUCCCUGUUAUCAGUUCCACAGUGGUCACAAGAUGUCUGACACAGUUCCUUGCCUGCUAACAGUCCCUCUUUCUUAUGGACAAACAUGAUUCAUCAGACAGGAUAUAAUUCUGUUAGUUAUAAUUCUACGUUAAAUGUAUACAUCAUUUAGUCAUUAUUCAUAAAAUUCCCAUAACACUUACCCAGAAAGACUCACAGCUGUAAUCACUGCCAAAGGUGCUUCUACAAAGUAUUGACUCGGGUGUGAAUACUUAUGUCAAUUUCUGUAUUUUAUUUUCAAUAAAUUUGCUAAAAUGUCUAAACAUGUUUUCACUUUUAUUAUGGGUUAUUGUUUGUAGAUGGGUGAGGGGAAUUAUUCAUUUUUUAAUCAGUUUUGAACUCUGACUGUAACACAACAAAAUGUGGAAUAAGUCAAGGGGUAUGAAUACUUUCUGAAGGCACUGUAUAAGGCAUAUAUACAGGUAUCCCUCGUUUAUCGCGAGGGUUACGUUCCGAAAAUGACCCGCGAUAAGUGAAAUCCGCGAAAUAGAAAACUUUUUUUUUUUUUACAAUUAGUAACUAUUACAUGUAUACAAAUACAGUGACUCACGUGUAGGCCGUUUCACUGCUCUUCAGAGCGUUUCGUCGACAUUAUGGGUUUAGGAGAUGUUCGAAAUUACAAGAUAAUUUGGCCAACUUAAUGUAAAUUUGCCAAGCUGUUUUAUGUACGUACACAUAACUGCACGAGACGACAAAAUGAUAGCACAAUUCGUAGCAUGUUUUGAUACAAGAAGCGGGAGUGAGUUUUUAGCGAAUCAGAAUGCAGAGCACAAUGCACCAAAAAAUAAAAAAAAAUGCAUUAUGAAAAUCCGCGAAAUAGCGAAUCCGCGAUAAGUGAACCGCGAAGUGGCGAGGGAUCACUGUAAGCCUAAAAAGUCUGUUAGAUAUUGUGUUUGUACUGUGUAGGCUAUAUCUUCACAAGUGCCAGUUUAAUUACUGCCAUUCAACUAUUGACAUUUUUCCCAAGACACUUUUAUUGAUAGAAUGAAUGCAGUUUAUGAAGUUCAUGCAGAUAUUUUGUUGAGACAUUACGUUUGAGUAAUUUAGCAGGAGCUCCUAUCCAGAGUAACUUACAAUUAGUUAAUUCAUCUUAAAAUGUCUGGAUUAGAACCACAUUGCAGUCGUAGCAAAUACAGUUUCCCUCAAAGUAGUUCUCAGCAAAGUUGGUCCUAGUAGCCAAAGUAAAAAAUAUUGGUGGGAGGGUUAAUUUAAGAUAUUCUUUUGAAGAGGCAGGGUUGCAGAUGGUUUUGGAAGUUGAGCAGGGACUCUGCUGUCCUAGUUUCAGGGGGAAACUGGUUCCAGCAUUGGGGUGCCAGGACAGAAGAGCUUUGAUUGGGUUAAACGGGAGCUGAAUGGGCUAAAACACCUACAUAAAAAAAAAACAUUAGCUGACAUGGGCUAGUUGAUCUGGACAUUUCUGACAAGUUAUAAAUCUCUCUAUGGUAUGCAAUGACUAACAUGACGAGAGGAACUUAUGGUGCACUACCCAAUUUCGAAAUUGCACCUUAGUGAGUUCUACUAUUACAACUUUCAAGAGUAGAGACCACCAUUUGCCUCAUGCAGCGUGCCAUAUCGCCUUUGCAUAGAGUUGAUCAGGCUGUUGAUUGUGGAAUGUUGUACCACUCCUCUUCAAUGGCUGUGCAAAUUUGCUGGAUAUUGGCGGGAACUGGAACACGCUGCCGUACACGUUGAUCCAGAGCAUCCCAAACAUGGCUAAGUGGAUGACAUGUCUGGUGAGUAUGCAGGCCAUGGAAGAACAGACAUUUUUAGCUUCCAGGAAUUGUGUACAGAUCAAGUAACAUGGGGCCGUGCAUUAUCAUGCUAAAAUAUGAGGUGAUGGCAGCGGAUGAAUGCCACGACAAUGGGCCUCGGUAUCUCGUCACGUUCUCUCUGUGUAUUCAAAUUGCCAUCGAUAAACUGCAAUUGUGUUCAUUGUCCGUAGCUUAUGCAUGCCCAUACCAUAACCUCACCACCACCAUGGGGCACUCAGUUCAGAACGUUGACAUCAGCAAACUGCUCGCCCACACGACACCAUACACGUAGUCUGCGGUUUUGGGGACGGUUGAAUGUACUGCCAAAUUCUCUAAAACAACGUUGGAGGUGGUUUAUGGUAGAGAAAUUAACAUUAAAUAAUCUGGCAAUGGCUCUGGUAGAUAUUCCUGCAGUCAGCAUGUCAAUUGCACACUCCCUCAACUUGAGACAUUGUGUUGUGUGACAAAACUUCACGUUUUAGAGUGGCCUCUUGUCCCCAGCACAAGGUGCACCUGUGUAAUGGCCAUGCUGUUUAAUCACCUUCUUGAGAUGCCAUACCUGUCCAGUGGAUGGAUUAUCUUGGCAAAGGAGAAAUGCUCACUAUCAGGGAUCUAAAUGAAUUAGUGGCCAACAUUUUUGAGAAAUUACCUUUGUGCGUCUGGACAAUUUCUGGAAUAUUUUAUUUCAGCUCAUGAAACAUGGGGCUAACACUUUACAUGUUGCAUUUAUACAUUUUGUUCAGUGUAUGCGUAUUUGGUGUAUUUGAAAUGUAUCUAUGUUUAAUAAAUGUGACUUGACUUGAAAUAACUUGUGACGCGACUUAACUUGCUCUUAGAAUGCACGACUUGGACUUCACUCGACCUGUUCUACUUUGUGACUUGAGACUUUCUUGUGACUCGAAUAAUAGUGACUUGGUCCCACCUCUGGUGUGUACUCUGAAGGGUGCCUAAAUAAGAUAGGGGAGGGUCUGGUCCAGGGUUUCCGUUUGGCGCCGGACAACGUGACCAGCAAAAUUUUAAUUUACCCGACAUUCAUAUGCAUUGGGUGCGUAACGCAUUAGGGCAUCCACCCAUGGACCUCAAAAUCACAUUGACAUGAUUUUAAUGAAUCUUACAUACUAACCAAUCCGGACGCGCAUGUUGAUGUUUUACCCACACACCAGACACAAUCAGGACACGCAGAUUGAAAUAUCAUUACAAACUCUGAACUAAUUAUAUUAAUUUGGGGACAGGUCGAAAAGCAUUAAACAUUUAUGGCAAUUUAGCUAGCUAGCUUGCUGUUGCUAGCUAAUUUGUCCUGGGAUAUAAACAUUGGGUUGUUAUUUUACCUGAAAUGCACAAGGUCCUCUACUCUGACAAUUAAUCUACAGAUAAAAGGGUUAACAGAGUUUGUUUCAAGUCAUCGCUCCUCCUUCAGGCUUCUUCUUCUUUGGACUUUAUAUGGAGGUUGGUGUAAUAUUCAUGUGUAAACAUACUGAAUUAUAAUUGGAUGCAUUUUACCGCCAUAUCAUACUGUGCUAUGAUUGGUUAAGACCACCCAAAUGGUUAGGUCAUGGUCAGUUUGAUCCUGGUUGGCGAUACGUGAACAUGCCAGUUAUAGCUAGCUAAUAAAGAGCUAUGUUAAGAAAUAUCCUUUAGUACUGCAUUUUAUUAUUUUGUACAAAGCGUGCAAGGCAAGACAUGGUGUCUGAGUAAAAGGUCUUACAAGAUGGAUUUUUCUGGAGUUCCUUCACCUCGAAUGGACUGGGAGUCUACAAACUUACCCGAUGCAUGGCGUAAGUUCAAACAGCAUGUGGAGCUAAUGUUCACGGGUCCUCUGAAGGACAGAGGAGAAGAGGGAAAAUGCCGCUACUUGCUCCUCUGGAUCGGUGAAAAAGGGAGAGAUAUUUACAACACAUGGACACUUACCGAGGCUGAAUCAAAGGUACUGAAAACAUACUACGAUCGUUUUGAAGCAUAUGUUGUGCCGAAGACCAAUACGAUUUUCGCUAGGUACAAAUUCCAUGAGAAAGAUUGCUAAAUCACUCAUGGAUAAAGCAAAAGCAGACAAGAGAGACCCCUACCUCAGUCUCCUUGAAUACCGCAACACUCCAGUUGACAACUUCAAAUCACCAGCCCAGCUGUUGAUGAGCCGCAGACUUCGCUCAAUCCUUCCCAGCACCAACCAGCAGCUGCAACCUGAGGUCGUCAGCUACAAGGAAAUGCAUGGAAAACGUGCACAGAGACAACAACAACAAAAGCGGUACUACUACAGGUCAGCUAGACCACUCCCACCACUGAUCGACGGAGAGUCAGUUAGAAUCCAGGAGCAUGGCCUCUGGAAGCCAGCAGUCGUCAUCCAGCCAGCUGACACUGAACGUUCAUAUCACGUCCGCACCAUAGAAGGAGCGGUGUACUGCCGCAAUCGUCGUCACCUACUGAACACAAAAGAACAACACACUGAUGAGAUGAACUGUUCCCCUGAAAGAGAACGUGAUGGACUAAACACACAGCACAUCAUACACCAUACUUACCUGCAACACCACAAGAACUGUUGACUGACACAGAAGCAUGCUCAGCAUCAUAUCGCACAAGGUCAGGAAGAGAGGUCAAGCCCAGAGCUGUCCUAGACCUGUGAAAUUUCAAAGGGUGUAGGCGGAUCGCUGCCCUAAAAGAGUUCCAGACUGUAAACUUGUUAUUGAAAGUUCACUUGAAAUGCUUUGGUAUUGUAUUUGUUUGAAAUGUUAAGAUGUUAUUUCUACAGUGAAAGCUGAGUUGCUGAGAAUCCCUUGUUCGAAAAGUAACAAUAUGUUGGAUCAUUGUUUCAGAGUCUAUGUUGAUUCAGUUGGUGUAGUAUGCAAUAUAAAUGGUUACUUACCUUGAGUUCAAACUGCAGAGCAUGUUUUCAAAAGAAACGCUUAGAAUAUGUAAACAUUUUUCUUUUGUUUUAAAAGAAGGGGGAUGUAAUAUUCAUAUGUGUAAACAUACUGAAUUAUAAUUGGAUGCAUUUUACCACCAUAUCAUACUGUGCUAUAAUUGGUUAAGACCACCCAAAUGGUUAGGUCAUGAUCAGUUUGAUCCUGGUUGGCUAUACGUGAACAUGCCAGUUAUAGCUAGCUAAUAAAGAGCUACGUUAAGAAAUAUCCGUAGUACUGCAUUUUAUUAUUUUGUACAAAGCGUGCAAAACAAGACAGUUGGCAACCAACUUUACUACUGCAUUACUACAACCAACUAGAGUGUGGACGUCAGUUCAUCUUUCAAUCACCCACGUGGUUAUAUGCUCCUAAACACCAAUGAGGAGAUGGGAGAGGCCAGACUUGCAGCUAGUUGAGCGUCACAAAUAGAACCUAUUUCUAUUUUAGCGCCUGGCAACGCAGACACUCACGAGCAGUGUGGGUUCAAUGAUUGAAUAACAUGUAUGUGUACAUUUAUUUUGCAGCGCACACGACACAAGCGUGUGGUCAGCAUGUUAGCCUGUAAAGUUGUAAUAAAGUAGAAUGAUGUUCUUAUACCAACAUGACAGGUUUAUUUGAAAGCAAAACAUUGCCCGUUGCGUCUUCAUCCCUGCUAAAAAUCAUAGGUGAAUAUCAUUUGUUUUUUAAAGAAAAAGAUUUAGAAGAACAAGUCGCAUACACAGUAAUAAAACGGCAAAAUAAUUGUAUAAUAUAAUUUGCAAAUAAUCUUGACUUAUAGCUAUUUGUAUGAAUAUUUAAUUAAUAAAUAACAAAACAGUU